AUGUCCAUCGGAGUAGCUUUGCUUGGGGCUGGUGUCUUUGCACGUAAAGGCAUGGAGAACGCUUCCCUAAGCAGUAUUCCCACAACUCUAACACUAUGCACUACAGAGCACCUUCCAGCCAUCAAGGCAUGCCCCUCAAUGAGCUUACGAGCUGUCUACUCGCGGUCCCAAGCCUCCGCCGAGAAGUUAGCCGCUGAAGCCGGCGAGGACGUAGACGCAUAUUUCGACUCACCGUCUGUCUCGUCCAAAUCACUCGAUGCGCUGCUGUCCCGUGCCGAUAUCGCUGCAGUUAUCAUAGCGGUCGCGAUCCCCGUGUCGCCAGAACUGAUCAAGGAAGCAUUAGCGGCGGGAAAACAUGUCUUGAGCGAGAAACCCAUUGCUCCGGACGUCAAGAUAGCACGGGAGUUGAUCGAUCAUCACCGUCAACAGGCAAGGGGCGUCCUUUGGGCAGUUGGUGAGAAUUUCCGGUUCUGGGAACCUGUACACAAAGCAGCGAGUAUCCUCAAGCAGAUGGGUGGGAGCCUGGUCACCUUCUCGGUCACUGCGUUUUCGUUCACGGACGCUGAGAACCCGUUUUAUCAUUCUGACUGGCGCCAGAAACCUCAAUUCCAAGGCGGCUAUCUCCUAGAUGGAGGUGUCCAUUUCGCCGCUGUCCUCCGAACGUUGCUUGCAGCGGUCGGGCAUAAAGCAAGCCGCAUUUCUGCGCAUACUACGUCCCUACAAGCGCACCUCCCUCCAGUCGACACUGUCCACGCCGUCUUGAGCACCGACCAGGGACGCAGCGGCACGUACGUGUCUUCCGUUGGGAUCAAAUCGAAGCGUGGCAUGGAGUUUGAAGUGGUCACCGACAAAGGCUCCGUUGUAUAUCGGCCCUUCCAGAUGGAGAUCGCGAUCAAGCGAGAGCAGGAAGGCAGUGAGUGGAAAGAGCGUUCCGAGCCGGCUCCGCUGAUGUGGGGUGUCAAGGAAGAGGUGGCUGCAUUCGCGGACUGUAUCCUGACCGGUAAACUGGAUGAGAAGCUGUCGACCUCGAACGCGCUCGAGGACUUGAGGAUUGUGGAAGCUAUGCUUAGGUCUGGUGGAAAACAAGGACUGCCAGUAGAUAUUGUUGGAGACACAGCUUAA